AUGUAUUUAAAAUUUUUCUCACUAUUUCGUUCACUUGAAAAUCCAAUUUAUUCUCCGAAUAAAGCUAAAUUGUAUAACCAUAGAUUUCUCUUCCUUAGUUCUGCUUUCAAAAUUAAAAUAGAACAAAUUCCUUUUGAAAUAUUCAACAAAACAAAAGAGCAGAAAAUGUCUUUGUAUUAUACCAAUAAUUGUAACAAGGCCGAUAGCAUCAAAGCAAUUAUCAAUUCAAUAAUGACAUCAAAUUCCGGUGAAUUUCAAGAAGUGAUUUCCGAUGAAGUGUUUCGAAGUUUAACUCAAUCAAGUACAGUUUUAUUCAACAUCACCAUUUCCACAUUUCAAUCGAACAUUAGUCUAACGACUUCACCUAUCGACACUCCCUAUGAUCAUUAUCAAACGCUAACCGAUACAAUUAUCUACAAAUACAUAUGUUUAACGAUAUUUAUCAUUGGUGUCAUUGGAAAUUUUCUAAGCGUUUUAGUUUUCAGCCGACCAUCGCUUCGACAUCGUUCGUGUGCAGUUUACUUUCUCGCUUUAGCGAUAACCGAUAUCGCAUCAUUGAUCGCGUCGUUUAUUGAUACAGUUCUUCCUUCGUAUAGUCACUUCAAUUUAACAGCGAAAAGUUUAUUUAUAUGUAAAUUGAAUCCAUUAAUGGUUUAUUUUACAACAGAUCUAUCGAACUUCCUAUUAGCUGUCGCUUCGAUUGAUCGCGCUGUUUCGAUUCAAUGUCCACUUAAGUCAAAACGAUUCUGCCGCGCCCGUAUUGCGAUCUAUAUCAUCUUUUUGAUGUCAGUUAUCUUUUUGUUUAUAAACGGUCACAUUUUCUGGGGUUUUGAAAUUAUUCCAGCAACGCCGACGCAUUUCGGCUGUGUCCCGUCGAAUCGAAAGAUUGUUUUCGAAAAUGAAGUCUACUCCAUAACUUAUGAACGAUUUUAUCAAAUCUUUGAUUCGUUGGAUAUGUUAUUUGCUGUUGUCAUCCCCUUUGUUGUUAUGCUAAUAUGUAAUAUUAUCAUUUUAAUUCGUGUUUUAACAUCACGACGUUCAAUCCGAACGAUCAUGACAACAGCAUUACAUUCGAAAAAGCAUCGGAAACGACAUGAAAAAGAAAAGCAAUUGACUGUGAUGUUACUCGGCAGUGCUGCUGCUUUUUUAGUCUUUACAUUACCAACUGAAAUCAAUGAUACCAUCCGUGUUUUUACUCCUUCAAAUACAUCACAUAAUAAAGGUGUUAUAGCUUUGAUUACAGCAAUCUUUAUUGCUAUGGGCCAAUUAAACCACGCCAUUCAUUUUUAUAUUUAUACACUGACGGGUGGCGUUUUUCGCAAUGAAUUAAUCCAGUUAUUUUCUCUAUCGAAACCGAAAAGAUUAGUCAAUCGUCGAAGUAAUAUCGAACAAACUCUUCUCCAGUCGAAGCACGUUAUUCAGAAAAAUACAAUUCCUCAACUGGAGGUUCAUGCUUUUUGA